AUGGGAAUUCUGGACUGCAUAUCGUUCAUGCAGAACGGAUCAGAGUUUACCAAAGUAAGGCCUUCUUCGAAACGCUAUCGCCGUACUUUCGUGCUGGACGUCGACCAUAGCAUGCUCAGGUGGUGUCCAACGAACAAGAAACCGGAUAAAGCUGCAAUACGCCUCGACUCGAUCAAGGACAUCAGGGCUGGCUCGUUUCUGACAGGCAGACGACAGUCAGAGAGCUUAUCGGAGUCGACCGACAAAAACCUCAUUUUUUCCAUCAUCUGGGGCGAUAACUACCAGUGUCUGAACCUGAUCGCUGAUAGCCCGCAAACAGCUUUCAUCUGGGUGGCUGGACUCAAGUCCCUGGUUGAAAAUAAAAAGGAAGCGAUUGACCUCAUCUUGCGCUUGAAUCCUCGUAUUCCAAAGAAACAGGCGUCCCAAAAGAUAAAGGAGGUAUGCUUCUGUUCGGCACCUAAAACUCCCGUGCUGAACGCGUCGCAGUUCUGCAAUGCUUAUAAGGAAUUGUCGACUCGCUUGGAAAUUUACUUUCUUGUUUCAAAGUUUUCCAAGCAGGACUGCCUUCGUAUCGAGGAUCUAAAAGUGUUUCUGGAGUCUGAGCAAGGGAUGUCUAGCGUAACCACCGAAUUUUGUACCCAUCUCAUAAAUGACUUUGAACCAUGUGAUUUGGCAAGAGAGGCGAAAUGCAUGACGGUGGACGGCUUCACGGCGUACCUUUUGUCACACUACUGCAACGUGCUUCACCCAAAGCAUCUGAAAGUGUGUCAGGACAUGGAACAUCCGCUGAACGACUACUUCAUACUGACCUCGUUCAAUACUCACUUACUCGAGGAUCAGUUAAAAGGACCGUCCGGAGUCGAGGGUUACAUUCGAGCGUUGAACGUCGGCUGUCGGUUCUUGCAACUUGAAGUAUGGUACGAUGAGGAUGAAAAGUUGCUGGUUCGCCAUGGCCUAAACACGGAAUCGAAAGUGCAGUUGCUAGAAGUGCUGAAGAUCAUCAACGAAUUUGCGUUUUUGAAAUCAGAGUAUCCGCUUAUCAUUCAGAUCGAAAGUCAUUUGCAAGUUGUAGAGCAGAAAAUUCUUGCUUCUCAGCUAUUGCAAAUCUUUGGAGACAAGCUUUUUUGCGAUGGCGAUGGGACGGAUUUUCUAACGUUGCCCUCUCCACAGUCACUAAGAGGAAAAAUACUGAUUAAGGGCAAGAAGUUGGCCGGUACCGAAGAUGGCGAGGUUAGCGACGAAGACGAAAGUACAGACUGGACGAAGUCGAAGAGGGCACUCCGAAAAAUGGUUGACUUCGCUCUCUUUCUCUACCACAAAAAACCGUACGAAGUAUGCAGUUUGUAUGAAUCGUCUGCUCUGCGUUUAAUUGGGACAUACAGCGACGAAUUUCUUGCCUACACCCGUCGAUUCUUGACCCGCGUCUAUCCAAACGUUGUGCGCAUCGACUCGUCGAAUUUUAACCCGCUCGAUUUUUGGAGCCACGGCUGUCAGAUGGUGGCCCUCAACUUUCAGACGUCCGGAUUGAUGACCGACUUGAUGCGUGGCAAAUUUUUGGUCAACGGUAACUGCGGCUACGUUCUGAAGCCACCCCUUCUUCGCGAGGAAGGCAACUACUACUCUUUCAGGGAUACCGUUCUGCAGUACAAAGCCCAAACCGUGUAUCUGAAGGUUAUCAGCGCUCAGCAGUUGCCCCGGCCAAUUGGCUCAUCGGCAAAGGGUGAUUCACUUGAUCCUUACGUGAUCGUGGAGAUCUUCGGUCUUCCAAAUGACUGCGCUGAGGAGAGAACGAAAACGAUCGAAAACGAAAGUUUGAACGCAAUAUUCGACGAGACAUUUCAGUUUCAAGUGACCGUUCCUGAACUGGCCUUAGUUCGAUUCCUCGUCCUGGACGACUAUUACAUCGACGACGAUUUCAUUGGCCAGUACACGUUGCCAUUAGAGUGUAUGCAAACAGGUUAUCGACAUCUAACUCUGUUGAACGCAUACGGAGAACCGAUGGAAAACACCACUUUGUUUAUACAUACGUCAAUAUCGGCGAACAGAAAGUCUUCGAAGACUGGUUCGUAUCGACUUGGGCGUGGCAUUUCGCAGAGCGGUUUAAAACUGUUGGGCAUAAAGCGCAUGGACAGUAUUUUCAAGAACGCGGUGCCUUUGAUCGCCGAAACUCGAGAACUGAGGGAAAGCCUUGAAAAGGCAUUUGAACAGUGGCAGGAGUUUUCCGGCUUUGAGCCGGGGGUUACGCUGAGGCAGGGUCUUUGGAACAUGCAUGCUCGAAUCAGGUCAAUCGCAUCUGAAGCUCACGACUCCCCGCAGUUUCGGUUCAUCAUGGAGAAUGAGGUAUACAUUGAGCAUAAAUUUCGUUUCUUCACAUAUAGUUAUUGAAA